CAGUACAGUACCCUUUCUCUUUUUAUUUUCUUGGAUGGUGACGUAACCCAGUUCUCAAUUAAUUCAUCCAUCUGUAUGGGCCCCACAGUCACACUCACUCAUGUCCCUCUCCAAACAAGAGACAAUUUUUUUGCCCAACUGGUCCUCCUCCUCCUCCUCAUAUCAUCCCUACUUCCCAUCUUUCAAAAACUAAAAUCAGUAUGCUGUACAUUCUUCUUUUUCACUUUCCAUUUUUUCUUUCUUUGGUUACUCCAUAAUAUUUCAUCAGAGUAGAUUCUUCUUCUUCUUCUUCUUCUUCCAAUGUGUAAUAUGAAGUAGUAAUAGUAAUUUGGCCCCUCACUGUAAUUGUACCUAGUGCUGUCGCUGUCGAAACUCUUCAGGCUAGCUUCUGCUUCUUCAGAAAGGGUUUGCUCUCAAUUACCAUUUCUACUGAUCUGAUCAUGAUGGGCGGUGGUGGAGGGCUGAGCGACAUCGCCGGCGGCGAUCAGAACCACCACCACCAGCUGAAGGCGGAGAUCGCCAAUCACCCGUUGUACGAGCAGGUGCUGUCAGCCCACGUGGCAUGCCUACGUGUGGCCACGCCUAUCGAUCAACUCCCCAUUAUCGACGCCCAGCUCUCUCAGGCAAAUAAUCUCCUCCGCUCUUACGCCGCCCAAAAUCACCAUCUUCAUCAUAAUCAUAAUCCCGCCCAUAGCCAUAGGCAAGAACUUGACAGCUUCUUGACCCAAUACUUGUUGACGUUAUGCUCGUUCAGAGAUCAACUGCAGCAGCAUGUCAGAGUUCACGCCGUCGACGCCGUUAUGGCCUGCCGUGAAAUCGAGCAAAACUUACAAUCCCUUACCGGAGCAUCGCUCGGUGAGAGCACCGGGGCAACCAUGUCCGACGACGAGGAGGAGGAGGAAGAGGACCUGCAAAUGGAAUUCACCAUGGAUCAUCAUCAAAAUCAAUCUGAUCAUGAGCUGAUGGGGUUGGGGUCGUUGAUUCCCACAGAAUCAGAGAGGUCUUUAAUGGAAAGAGUGAGGCAGGAGCUCAAGCUCGAGCUCAAACAGGGAUUCAAAUCAAGAAUUGAAGACGUGAGAGAGGAGAUACUAAGAAAAAGAAGAGCCGGAAAAUUGCCCGGUGACACCACCGCCGUCCUGAAGAAGUGGUGGCUCCACCACUCCAAGUGGCCUUAUCCGACGGAAGACGACAAGGCUCGGCUCGUCGACGAGACGGGAUUGCAGCUCAAGCAAAUAAACAACUGGUUCAUCAACCAGAGGAAGCGAAAUUGGCACACCAAUUCCAAUUCCAACUCCAAUUCCUCAUCGUCUACCACAACUUCUCUCAAGUCCAAGCGCAGGAGAUAA